AUGGCUCCAUGGCAGGUGUUCACCUGGAGCAAGAACCCCCACCAGCCAUCCCUGAACCCCCACCAGCCACCCCCCAACCCCCAGAACCCCAACCAGCCAUCCCUGAACCCCAACCAGCCAUCCCUGAACCCCCAGAACCCCCACCAGCCAUCCCUGAACCCCCACCAGCCACCCCCCAACCCCCAGAACCCCAACCAGCCAUCCCUGAACCCCAACCAGCCAUCCCUGAACCCCCAGAACCCCCACCAGCCAUCCCUGAACCCCCACCAGCCACCCCCCAACCCCCAGAACCCCAACCAGCCAUCCCUGAACCCCAACCAGCCAUCCCUGAACCCCCAGAACCCCCACCAGCCAUCCCUGAACCCCCACCAGCCACCCCCCAACCCCCAGAACCCCAACCAGCCAUCCCUGAACCCCAACCAGCCAUCCCUGAACCCCCAGAACCCCCACCAGCCAUCCCUGAACCCCCACCAGCCACCCCCCAACCCCCAGAACCCCAACCAGCCAUCCCUGAACCCCAACCAGCCAUCCCUGAACCCCCAGAACCCCCACCAGCCAUCCCUGAACCCCCACCAGCCACCCCCCAACCCCCAGAACCCCAACCAGCCAUCCCUGAACCCCAACCAGCCAUCCCUGAACCCCCAGAACCCCCACCAGCCAUCCCUGAACCCCCACCAGCCACCCCCCAACCCCCAGAACCCCAACCAGCCAUCCCUGAACCCCAACCAGCCAUCCCUGAACCCCCAGAACCCCCACCAGCCAUCCCUGAACCCCCACCAGCCACCCCCCAACCCCCAGAACCCCAACCAGCCAUCCCUGAACCCCAACCAGCCAUCCCUGAACCCCCAGAACCCCCACCAGCCAUCCCUGAACCCCCACCAGCCACCCCCCAACCCCCAGAACCCCAACCAGCCAUCCCUGAACCCCAACCAGCCAUCCCUGAACCCCCAGAACCCCCACCAGCCAUCCCUGAACCCCCACCAGCCACCCCCCAACCCCCAGAACCCCAACCAGCCAUCCCUGAACCCCAACCAGCCAUCCCUGAACCCCCAGAACCCCCACCAGCCAUCCCUGAACCCCCACCAGCCACCCCCCAACCCCCAGAACCCCAACCAGCCAUCCCUGAACCCCAACCAGCCAUCCCUGAACCCCCAGAACCCCCACCAGCCAUCCCUGAACCCCCACCAGCCACCCCCCAACCCCCAGAACCCCAACCAGCCAUCCCUGAACCCCAACCAGCCAUCCCUGAACCCCCAGAACCCCCACCAGCCAUCCCUGAACCCCCACCAGCCACCCCCCAACCCCCAGAACCCCAACCAGCCAUCCCUGAACCCCAACCAGCCAUCCCUGAACCCCCAGAACCCCCACCAGCCAUCCCUGAACCCCCACCAGCCACCCCCCAACCCCCAGAACCCCAACCAGCCAUCCCUGAACCCCAACCAGCCAUCCCUGAACCCCCAGAACCCCCACCAGCCAUCCCUGAACCCCCACCAGCCACCCCCCAACCCCCAGAACCCCAACCAGCCAUCCCUGAACCCCAACCAGCCAUCCCUGAACCCCCAGAACCCCCGGUGGCAGCGCCGGGGGUCCCACAGCCUCCGCAGGGCCUCGCCGAGCAGGAAAUGCAGAGCUUUGGAGUGGAAUCCAUCGCGGUAUUCCCGGCCGGAGCUCCCGGCGCGGCCGCGUGGAACCCCGCGCUCGGCUCCUCCAUGGUGA